UGUAGUUCCGCUUGUAGGCCGCUGCUCUAGAUAAUAGCGCAGGAAGGAACAAAACAGAACAAAAAUAAGCGAACUUACACGGAAUUGCAGUAAUACUAAUAGAUUUUCUACACAAUAAUGCCCGGGUUCACUUGCUGCGUGCCUGGAUGCUACAAUAACUCACACCGAGACCGCGAACUGCGAUUCUACACUUUUCCCAAGGAUCCCGAUCAGCGCGAGAUAUGGCUGAAGAACAUUUCGCGGGCCGGGGUGAGUGGCUGUUUCAGCACGUUCCAGCCCACCACCGGGCAUCGCGUCUGCAGCGUCCACUUUACGGGCGGCAGAAAAACAUACACUAUUAGAGUCCCCACUCUGUUCCCUUUGCGUGGGGUGAACGAGAGAAAGAACAGAAGGGGCAGAAACAAAAAGGUCUCCAUGGUCGUACCCAUCAUUACUAACGUCGUUGGCUCGUGCCCCGAUUCGGGAGCGCCAGUGGAAGAAGAGUCGGAGACGAAAAACGUGACCUUUGUGCAGAUAGAUCAGAACGGCGAAUACAUGUCGCCCGUGGACCUCACCGCUUCAGGGGACGGCUCCUGUCUCACUGCUGUAGUCUCGGGCUCGAGUGGAGAUCUGCCCGGGGGCAGCGCGACACCCGUGGUUUUCUCGCAGGCCGAUAUCGGGUUGUGCGGAGCCGAUCACUCGUAUUCGCUCACCACCGGUACGACGUCCGCAGAACUGCUGAGGAAGCUGAACGAGCAGCGGGACAUCAUUGCGCUGAUGGAGAUUAAAAUGAAGGAAAUGAAGAACAUCAUCCGACAGCUGCGGAUCAGCGAGGCGCGUCUGCAGGAGGAGCUGCGGGAGAGGGACCGUAUGAUGCCCGCCAACACCGCCACCAAUACCACCACCAUCAUCAAGAGGAAACUCUGACGAGCAACGCAAAAAGGAUGGACUUAAUACAGGACGGUCUGUGCCCGGUGAAUCUGUAAUAUCACAGCAACAAAGCGACGACAAUUGAGUUACACAGUAGUUCUCAUUUGACUUCUCUUGUCUUUUCCCGAUUAAUAGAUAGAGAGCUGUGUGUUUCAGUAUACACAAGUUGAACAUGUAUUCACGGGCUGUCAGGCACAGCGCUACAUUAUAGGACUAAGAUGAAUUCAGGAGACCGGUCCUUUCUGUUUCAUAUUUAAUAAUAUGCAUUUGGGUUUGAUCUGUGAUGAAGGCCUUUUAUCUGUUUGCAGCAGCCCAAGUCCAGUCUUGUUACAUACACACAGAGACUUCUUCAUAUAAGUGUGUAAAGCAUUUGCUUAUUUCCUUCCUUUGUUGUUGUUUUUAAAUGUCCGAGUGCUAAGAUCUGAACUACUUGUCCAGGUGGAGUGAUUUAUUACAAGUAACUGCAUUUAAAAAAGGUGAAUGGUUUGAAGUAAACAGCUUUUGAACUUUAA